CGAAAAUCAUGUUCACUUCUUCUUUGACCCAAUCUUCAUGCUUAUACCACUUAAUUUAUAUACAUAAGUCACACACAAUUAAUUACUCAUCCAAAUAUCAAGGCUAGCAAAGUAUGGUGUCCACGAAAACCAUUCUACAAGCCGCGGCAUCAGUGGCGGCAUCGGCGAUGAUGGCCCGGAACAUAUUGCCCUACGAACUCCAGAACCGUGUCCGGUCAAGCGUCGUCAACGUCCUCCUCAAGUUCUUCUCUCCCACCAUGGAACUGGUCAUCCAAGAGCGGACUGACGGUGGCAAAAACCUAAUGUACGAGGCGGCUGAGUCGUAUCUCGGGAGGCGGCACGGCCUGUCCGACUCAGCCGCCUCCUACCGCUUACGCGUCGCCAUCCCACAGGACGAGGCUAAGAUCUCUACCACCAUAGACCAAGGCGAGCAAGUCGUUGACCGUUUCAACGGCGUCUCGUUCACGUGGACUAAAGUCACUGCAAAGCGAAGGAAUGGCGAUCUCCCUCGCUUUGAAGACUACUCAUCGGCUUCCUUCACCCUCACCUUUCACAAGAAACACAAGAAGAUGGUGUUUGACGCCUACUUCCCUUUCAUAUUGGCCGAGUCAGUCAAAGGCAAACUCGAGCAAAAGACUCCCAAGCUCUUCUCCAUGAGACUAGAUCACGGCUUGGGCUACUCUUAUAAUAGUCGUUCUGAUCAUAAUAAGUGGAAGUUCGUCAAGCUGGACCAUCCUUCCACCUUUCAGACACUAGCUAUGGAUACCGAGUUGAAGACAUCCAUUAUGGAAGAUCUUGAUAGGGAACAGAUCUAUACUAGUUGUGGAAGACAUUGAUUGCAGUCUUGACAUCACUGACCGAAUCACAAACAAACUAGCUCUCUCUAACCCUGCCAAAAAGUCAUCAAAAGACAGAAAUGCGCUGACUUUGUCAGGACUACUGAACUUCAUUGACGGGUUGUGGUCGAGCUGCGGGGAUGAGAGGAUCAUCAUCUUCACCACAAACCACAAGGAAAGAUUGGACCCAGCCCUUUUGAGGCCGGGUCGGAUGGAUGUGCACAUCCACAUGUCCUAUUGCACGUUUGACGCGUUCUUGACUUUGGCGAAGAACUAUUUGGGAAUUGAGGAACAUUUUUUGCUUUUCCCAGAGAUUCAAAACCUGUUGGCGAAGGCAAAGGUGACCCCUGCCGAGGUGGGUGAGCACUUGCUGAGGAAUGAAAACCCUGAUCACGCCCUUGUAAGUGUUGUUGACCUUCUCAAAACGAAAAUAGCCGAAGAAAAUGAUAAUGAAAACCCUAAUUAACCACACCUAGGAAGGGUGAGGCAGCUAUGGAACCCUUGUUACUUUCUGAUGACGACUCCCAUGAUCCCAUUAAUCAUUGUUAAGCAUGCUUUGUUUUAGUUUUAAUAUAAUACUUGGUGUACUCAUGUUUUUGUGAAUUGAUUCUCUUGUAGUACGUUUUUAAUGACAUGCU